AAAAUUUGAAUUCAGUUGAAAAAUGUAAACAAAGCAAAAUUAUUUAACAACUUGCCAAAAAGAAAAUUAAAUUAAUUUGAGUGUUUUAAGCCAUUUUCAUGUGUGUUAAAAGGUAAAGCAUGAAUAGUCCAUAACUGAUGAUUCAUCCCACAGCAAAUGUGAGAGGAAAGAGAGCUUUUUCCUCAGUUCAUUCACAAAAUCGUUCAUGAACGGACGAAAAAAGGCAGCUUUUCUGCUUAAUUUUACUUUAAUUUGCAUAACUCGACACAUUUAUUUGAAUGGACGACGACAAACAGAAGCUGGAUAAUGAUUGGUACAUCGCAGCUAGAAACAAAAGUCUAUUAAAUAAUGAAUCGGUAGGGGAUCGACGCCAGCUAUUAAACGAUAACAAAGCAAAAUCCAAGACAAAGUCAUUCCUAGGGAAUGAAAUAAGUGAAUUAAAUGCAAUGUCCAAACUUAGUCUGCUGGAUGGCGAAGAUGAGAAAUUGAAAAUGGAUGAUAAUGUCUCAAAUCGGUCAUCAUUACAUACCAAAGACGAAUUAUUGAAUGAUUUAUAUGGAAAGGAUAAGUUUCUAGCGUCUAAGGAAAAUAGUCCGACUAGCACAUCAAUGCGCUCAUCAAUGAAGUUCGAUGAACCAAACGAUGAUAUUAGUGAUGAACAAGAGUUUGAAGUAAUUUCUAAGACGCAAUCUGAUUUAUAUCUUCAUGUAAACGGAGAAAAUAAUGGAGAGAAUGGAUACGAUGAGACAGACUAUCCUGAAAAUCCUUUUGGCGACAGAGAGGGCACAACAAACCCUUCUUUGUUUUUUGAUGAUGGAAGUCGUUCCGUUGAUUACGUGUUGGUAUGGAAAAAAAUAUUGCCGCCAGAUGAUUACGAUGAAACUGAUGCAUUGAAAGCUAAGGAAUUGGAUAAAAUAACAAAGGAAGAAGAGGCAAGAGCUUCAAGGCGUCAAGUUUUCGAAGAAAAUUUACAAAUUGAAGGACUUCAACUUGAGAAGUAUGUCGUUGACGAUGAAAUUCAUUUUGUUAAAAUUCAUGCACCACUAGAAGUUCUGAGAAGAUAUGCAGAAAUCUUAAAAUUACGUAUGCCAAUGAAAGAGUCUUUAUGUAUGCAAAAGGCCUAUAAUCUACAAAGACGUGCAACAUUUAUUGACAAGAUUCCCGGACUGACAACAGUCAGUGAACGUACAAAAUCAACCUUUAAUCAUUUUAUGAAAGGUUUUAUGAGAAAGUUUAUUGUUGAUGAGAAGCACUUCCCGCCAAUUUCGCACCGUUUUACAGCUAUAUAUUCUCGUGAUAAAGAAUAUCUUUUCGACUUACAACAGCCAAAUUUUUUCACAACAUGGGUUCGCGCUAGAGUCGUCCAAUUCAUUUUAGAUCGCCAAAGAUUCUCAAAAGAGCAAGCACAUGAUUUUAGUUUUGGAAUUGAGAGAUUGGUUGAUGAUCAGACUUAUAUUGCUGCAUAUGCAUUGCAUGACGGUGAACUUUCUACCAAAGGUAGCAGACGUCAUUUAUUGUUUACAAAAUGGGCUAGUGUGAGAAAAAUCUUUCAAUAUCAGCCAUUGGACUACAUCAAAAAUUAUUUUGGUGUUAAAAUUGGAAUAUAUUUUGCAUGGCUUGGGUAUUAUACGUAUAUGUUGAUUCUAGCAUCAAUUGCCGGAAUAAUUAGUUUUUUCUACUCAAUCAAAUUGAUGAAUCAGAAUCCAAUCACGGAGCAAGUGUGUCAAGAAAAUACAACAUAUGUCAUGUGCCCACUGUGUGACAAUUUAUGUGACUAUUGGAAACUCAAUGAAACGUGCCUACAAUCUCAGAUAACGUCAUUAUUUGACAAUCAUGUAACUGUCAUUUUCGCCAUUUUUAUGUCCUUUUGGGCUGCCCUAUUUCUUGAAAACUGGAAACGCUAUAGUGCUGAAAUUACUCAUCGAUGGGAUUUGACUGGCUUUGAUGUCCAUGAAGAACAUCCAAGGCCUCAAUAUCUUGCUCGACUUAAAUCAAUCAAAAGAGAGAAAAAGGAUUAUGUGACGAAUGUAUCGGAACCAAAUGUCCCAUUUUGGAGGAUGAAACUUCCUGCAACUCUUCUGUCCAUCUCGGUUGUGUUACUUUUAAUUGCAUGUGCUGUUGCGACUGUACUCGGUGUUGUUUUAUAUCGCAUGUCAGUUUUAGCAUCACUGAGCUUUUAUCGGGAUUUAUCAACUUCCUUUACAAUUCUAUUUACAACCACAACAGCUGCUAUUAUUAAUUUAAUUCUCAUUGUUAUAAUGAAUUAUGCUUAUGAAUCUCUUGCUGAGUGGCUUACAGAACUCGAAUUACUUCGUACUCAGACUGAAUUCGACGAUAGCUUAACGCUUAAAAUUUAUCUCUUACAAUUUGUUAAUUACUAUGCGAGUAUAUUUUAUAUUGCUUUUUUCAAAGGCAAGUUCAUCGGAUCACCAAAGAGUUACAAUAGAUUCUUCGAUUUUCGUCAAGAAGAAUGCGGUAUUGGAGGAUGUCUUAUGGAGUUGUUUAUUCAAUUGGCUAUUAUUAUGAUAGGUAAACAAUCGAUGAGUGCAUGCGUUGAAAUGCUGUGGCCAGUCGUCAUGAAAUAUGCCAACAGACUACGUUUAAGAACCGGAAAGAAUCGUGAUGGAUCAUUAAAGAAGGAUAGACGAUACGUAAAUGACUUGAAAUUGAUUGAAUUUGGAUCGAGAGGUCUAUUUCCUGAAUAUUUAGAAAUGAUUCUUCAAUAUGGAUUUAUUACAAUUUUUGUAGUGGCAUUUCCUUUAGCACCGACAUUUGCCUUGAUUAAUAAUAUCUUUGAGAUGAGAUUUGAUGCUAAAAAAUUACUCCAACAUUAUCGACGUCCAAUAUUUGCAAGAGUUAGAAGCAUUGGUAUUUGGUAUCGAAUAUUAGAUUGUAUUAGUAAAUUAAGUGUCAUCACUAAUGGCUUCAUAAUUGCAUUUACAAGUGACUUUAUACCUCGUCUCGUCUAUGUUUUAUAUUACUCAGAACAUGGUAAUCUUACGGGAUAUGUUGAUUGGACAUUGUCAAAGUUUGAUGUUUUAGAGUUUAGAAAUGGAACUCAACCAUUAAAGACGGAUUUUGUGAAUGUUACUGAAUGUCGUUAUCAAGAUUUCCGAUAUCCACCAAAUCAUCCAAAUGAAUAUUCUCGUACAGCUGAAUUUUGGAAUGUAAUGGCUGCUCGACUGAUAUUUGUGGUAAUUUUCGAGAAUACUGUUGCUGUAGUCAUGCUACUCGUUAGAUGGUUAAUACCAGACGUUUCAGCCGAACUAAGAGAUCAGAUUCGUCGUGAAGCUUAUAUUACAAAUGAAAUUAUUAUUAAGAAGGAAGCAGAAAUCGCAUCAGCUAGAAGUAGAACUAGAAAUUAUAUUCAAAGUGCAUCGAAAUGGGAUCGGUUAUUGGCAAAUGAUUUUACUGGAUCGCAGCUUGAUCUUUUCAUACACAGUGAAAAUGAGGCACGAACGAGGUCUCGAAAAAAGGGCAAUAAAGUUCAGAACUUUAUUGACAAUGAAGUGCAAAGAGCAGAAAAUUAUAAAAAUAACAAUAAUCGGGAAGAAACGAAUGUUUAAAUUAAUUAUUUUUUUUUUUUUUUGACUUAUCUCAUUGUGACUUAUUAAUCGUUAAUCUUUAAGAAUCUUCCCAGUUAUGCCAAAUGACCAAAAAAAAAAGAAUAUAUAUGUUAUACAGAACUGAUAUUUUACGCAUGGUGCCAUUGAUUGCCAUGUUAUUAAUGCUGCUGCUGCUUUAAGCGUGAUUUUUUAUUUAAGUUGCUUUUUAUAUUUUUAAAAUACUCGAAAUUUGUUACCCAAAAAGAUCUUAUUAGACCAGAUUAAGCUUGAAUUAACCACAUUUUGUGAUAAUUGUGUUGUGUCUUAUUGAAAAUGUAGGGCUUUAAGCUCAAUUGUGCACAAUUUUAAUUUCUCCUUGAAAUAGCAUUUAUUAUGAAUAAAUGUCGCAUAUAUUGAAAACAUCGAAAAA